UGUUAUCUCAUUUUUCAUGCACAAGGACAGGAAAUUGAAAAUCAAACUAAUCACACCUACUGUGCUUUAUAAAAUACAUAAAUUAUGUAGUUGUUUUAAGCUGAUUUAUGAAAUAAUUGAAGUUUAAUAGAAGAUCAGCAAGAUAAAUUAUUGGAAAGAUUGGCUAACUUUAAAUGAAAAGCAAGUAAACAGAUUUGACACAGAAAAAAUAAUAAAUAUGAAACAUCUGGCAAACUUCAAACUACAGCAUACAAAAUGAAAUUAAAUAGACUGUUACAAGCUGCAGAACUUUUUCUGUCCACUUCUUCGUGGUAGGAAGUGUUAAACGGAGUUGUUUCCGGUCCAAAUUUCCGGUCCUGACCUCGUUGUGGUUGCGGAGGUGUGGGCAGGUCCCUGCAGAAACUCCCUGCGGGGGGAUAAAGCAUCGUAGACGGGCUGAAGGCUGUCCGGACCCCGGCGGUAGCAGCAGCAGGUCCGCCGCUUGGAGCCGUCAAGAUGUCCGUCUCCGGAAUGAAGAAGCAGUUCCACAAAGCCAGCCAGCUUUUGAACGAGCGCCUGAUGGGAGCUGAGGGAACCAGACUGGAUGAAGAUUUCCUGAAGAUGGAGAAGACUGUCGCAGUGAUGAAUGUUCUUCUGGGUGAGCUGAUGUCCAGAACCACAGAGCUACUCCAGCCAAACCCAGCCUACAGAGCUAAACUGAGCAUGCUCAGCACAGUGUCCAGGAUCCGAGGACAGGCGCGGACGGUGGGAUACCCGCAGACGGAGGGAAUGCUGGGGAAGUGCAUGUUGUUCUACGGCCAGGAGCUCGGACCGGCUUCUGAAUUUGGCGGCGCUCUGACGGAUGUGGGCGGAGCUCUGCAGAAGGUCGGCCAGGCCAAAGACGUUCUGGACGUCGGCAUCAAGCGGACGUUCAUUGACCCUCUGCAGGGGCUGCAGCAGUCAGAAAUGAAGCAGAUCAAGUACCAGCUAAAGAAGGUGAACGGCCAACGGCUCGAUUUUGACUAUAAGAAGAGACGAAGAGGAAAAGUGUCAACGGAAAGUGUUCGGCUGGCGUGGGAUAAGUUUAUGACGUCCAAAGAGUUGGCAGAGAAGAGCAUGUUUGUCCUGCUGGACAGUGAUGUGGAUCUGAUCCGCCCGCUGGCUGCUCUGAUCGCCUCCCUGCUCGAUUUCCACCGCAACGCCCAACGCAUGUUGCUGGACCUGCAAAGCGACCUGCAGGCCAGGUUGACUGCUGCCAGUAACAAACCAGCGCUCCACUUCAGAUCCGAGAAGAUUCCUGUCGGAGCCGACCCCAGCAGUACUGUCGGGUUUUACCACCAGCUGUCAGCUGCGGCUCCUCGGUCCUCAGGAGAAGAGAGCUCGGCGAUAACAUCCAGCCCAGACAGCUUCAUCUCCAACUUUGCUGACUGUAAGCUGCUCCUGAAUCAGCCGUGUUGCCGGGCGAUUUUCUCCUUCACGUCAAAACGCGACGACGAGCUGGACUUCAGCGAGGGAGAGGUCAUCAUCCUCACCGGCCAGGUUGACGGCGACUGGUACGAGGGAACGCUCGGGGAGCGAUCCGGGCUUCUACCCAUCAGCUACGUGGAGGUGCUGGUGCCUCUACCGUUACCGUGACAACGUCUCAUCGAACUCUGGAGCUGGAUGUCGGGUCCGACUUCUGAUAAUAUGCAAGUUCUGACGCUUCUGUUUGCACUUUUCUAUAAGUGAAUCAGUUAUAAAGAGAAACAGGGUCGACGGGUGCCUUCAGGAGAAUCCUUCUCACUGCGUUUUUGUUCUUUUUUUUUAUAAAUCUUAGUUUAUGAAAACACAAAGAAAAAAAAGCUUCACAUAGUCUGUUGAGUUCCCACUGAACCUGACUUAAUGCUCAGCUUUUGGUCUUCAGAGGUACAACUUCUACAAGUACCAAGGUUUUAUCUCUUACACUGAAAACACUCUUCUUCUUACCAAAUAUUGUUUGAUCUAGUUUCUAGUGCAAAUAUCCUAGUACACUUGAAAUAAGACAACCCACAAGUAACUUUUUACCAAGAUAUAGGAGCUUAUUUUAAAUAAAUGUUGAUGAAAGAGUACUAGUUCCACUGGCAGAUUAUUCAACUUAUAACAAGUUUUUAAUUGAAAAAAAUGCCAGUGGAACAAGUUCUUUUUCAUCUAUAUUGUUACUUGCAAGUGUACUAAGAUUUUCGAGCUAGAAACUUGACAAAAAAAUACUUGGUAAGUAUAGUUUGGCCUACAGUGGGUCAAAAGUAGCUCAAACAAAAAAAAAAAACGAUCAAAAAAGUGAGCAAAAAUUUAGAAACUAUGUGUGAAACACUUAGUUCACCACAGGAUCCAUCAGCUGGUAGAGCCACAUCCAGCAGGAAAAGCUUUCAGCAGGAUUUUUUUUUACUUUCCUGUACUUCUUUGAAGGUCUCAUCACAGCAUUUCAAUCAAGUUGAGGUCUGGGCUUUGAGUAGGCCAGACCUACACAUUGAUGCUGUCUUAGAUUUGCUGCUGUGUUUGAAGUUAUUUCCAUGUUGAUGACCAAACUUCAGUUGUUGGACAGGUGGCUUCACACACCUUUGUAUACGGAGGAGUUAAUGGUUGCCUUGGUAACUGCAAGGUGGCCAGAUCCUGGUCCUUAUGAUGAAUUUGGUGGGUUUUCCACUUCUUAAAAGAUGGGCAGCUUUUUGUUUUGAUCAAUCUUUCUCCAUGUAGAAUGAUUGACUUUAAUCUGUAAAUAAUCUGUAGAUGACCUCGUAACUCUUUCAUGGGCAGCAGCAGUUGUUUCUCUAAAAUCAUGCUGAUGUCUUUCUGUCUUGGUACUGUAUUAAAACGCACCCAUGAGGUUCAUAGCAAAGAAACUGCCAACAGUCUUUCUUUUAGUACUUACACUGAUGGCUACCGGUAAAUCAGUACAUCUGAUGGCUUUAUUUUUCCUUCUGAAAACUCAAAGCAGCAAGAGUGGGGCUCUUUCAAGGAGAGCUCAGGGAAAUCCUGAUAGAAUUAGACCAACAGUAAAGCCUAAAUGGAGGAAGCAGUUGGACAAAACCAACUAAAGAAUGGUUUGUAAAGUAAAUAAAUCAACUUUUGCUCUUAGGAAGUCGAAUCACUGAAAAAUCCCAAUGAGCCCUUCAAACAUAACUCUUAUUGGUCCAUUUUGUGUUAUUUGCAUGUAUUUUUCCAAAAAAUCAAACAAACAAUGUUUAAUGAGUUCUGUUUUUCUUGUAUUUUCUCUCUGUUUUAUACUUAGACUCCAUUGCUGUCACAUUAUCUAGAUGAAUUGCUACGCUUUUUUUGUUUAAUUUGUGUGACUUCCAAUAAGGUGUUAUAAAGGUAAAAGCACACAUUACAAGAACAAUGCAUGAGGUUUAAAAACUGUUGAGUUCUGCAGAGGCCAAAAUCAGGGAAAUAUGUGGUUUGGUUUAUUGUAAAGGAAACUAAAUCUCAGAUCUGUUCAAUUAUUUUAUUUUCAUUUAAACACUGAAUAAGGUCCAAAUGAUCACUUUGAGCCAGAAACUGUAAAUCAUGCAAUAAUCCUGAGUAUAGUCGCUGAAAUGUUGGACUUUCCCUUUAAUAGAAAGCUACUGAAUGUAUGUUGGCUAAUAUAAUAAGCAGUAUUGUUGUGUACAUGUUUUGUAGAUUUAUUUUACACUAAAUAAAUGAGAUCACAUGACUA